AUGGCUGCGCCGUACUUGGAGGAGCCCCUCUACGCCUUUUGGAAAAACGAGGGCGCCGGCGAGGACACUGCCGAGACUCCCGGCAUGCGCGUGGACGUCGAGAAGUAUCGCAUGAAGUACCGCUCCUAUCGGCUUGGCUAUGCGCUAGCAGCGAAAGGACAGGUCACCGACAUUCUGCAGGACGCUGAGAAGGACAGCACUCUGGAGUCCAAGCACAAGAUCUCGACCGCCCGUGAAGAGAAGGAUGUUGUCGACAAGUCGCUACCGAUCGACGAGCCGCUCUUCCACCACCUGAGCGACACCAAGCGAGCCGAGAUCAACAAGUACCGGGAGGAUUACCGUAAGUACCGCCUUGGCUACGCUUCUGGAGCCAAAGGCGAAGUUGCCGACCUCUUCAAAAGGCAAAUUUCUCAGAAGGAAGGCGGCUACCAACAGAUGCAGCAGAUGUGCAAGGAGAAGAUGUCCCAGGCGAUGGGCUCCGAGCAGUUGAGCCCGCGCUUCAGUGAGGCUGACGACACCGAGCUUCUGCGGACCCUGAGCGAGCCCGCUGCGCCGAGCUGGCGUCCGACUUCGCUGAAAGGCCUUACUUCCACUUUCUCGGGCAUCUUCGCUGAUGCUUGCGAGGAGUCCAAUGCGGACACGAAGUCCAUGUUCCACACGCUGCCACAGUCGGUGCUGCCUGAUCCAACGGCCUCUUACAUCCAGGUGCCCCAGCUCCCCGAUGGCUCUUUGCAGCUGGACGCAAGCUUCCUCCUCGCCAAGACGCCACUCCCCAAGGCCGCGGCUGAGUUCUCCUCCAUCCAUGUCAUCCAGACAUCAGGCGUCGCCGCCCGGAUUGGGGCCGCGCAAGUGAAGAACUCGGCCGCGAAGAUCGGGAAACCCUGUGUCGUGCAUGACUGGCCGGCAAUUCCCGUUGAUGAUGCCAAAGCUGAAUAUGACGCGCUGUACAACGUGGGCAGCGACCUUAUUCUCCAGGGCGCCAACCGGGCGACUCUGCUGGUUUUCGUCGGAACGGGAGAGCCUGGUGAGAUGGCGCUGGCGGUCAUCUUGGCGAUGUUGCCCUUCCGUGGAAUUCAGCUGGCGUAUGUCACUCCCGCAGAGGACUACGAGAACCCCCUGCAGACCCUCCGGUCUCCGUCGGGAGUUUUCGAGUACACCGCGACACAGCCGGAAAGAAUGGGCAGGGUGUCCCUUGCGGCCAUCUUCGGUCCACUGGCCCCGCGAACCUUCAAGGAGCCCCUGUCGACGUGGUCGCCUCUCCGCCCAGAGAGCCAUCCCGAAGAGCAGCCGGCGCCCUUCAAGAUCGGCGGAUUGGAUCUCCCAAUGGUCACCUUCGAGGGCGACUAUUACAAGGGUGUCGAUCGCCUGGCCGCUCUCCUCGUUGGUCACUACGGCAGCGAGAUCUACCCCGUGGUUUCCGUCGGUGAGACUGGUGAUGCUCUUGGUUACGGCGACGACUUGCUCGGCGCUCUCGCUGAGCUGGACUGCCCCGGCUUCUACUUCCCUCAUGCGUCGGGAGAGACCUGCAAGAGCCCGGAGGCUUACGGCAAGGUAGAGCUGCUGAAGGCCAUCGGUGCUGCCAAGCAGAGCAACAAGAAAGUCGUGGUCAUUGCUGUGGGAGGUGGCGUGAAUGGCAACGCGACUGGCAUGAUUGCCGCCAUGACCGGAUCGGUCUUCGUCGAGGUUCCGACGACGCUGAUGCACUACAACGAUGCCACGACCUCCGCGAAGAAGGCUUUUAGCCUGGUCGUGAACGGACAGAUCCUUUCGAAGAACAUCUUGGGGACCUUCUACCUCCCCCAGCUGGUCUUUUGCAUCAGCGAGACCUUCCUGACCCUGUCCAAGUGCAGCGUGCACGCUGCUGUGGGUGAGGCCUGCAAGACGAUGGGAAUGCUCGGCAUCGCCAACUCGAAGACCGGCCAGGAGGACUGGCACAACAUCCUGGGCGGUGUGGAGUUCGCCAGCGACUUCACGAAGAUCAUUGAAACCGUUGGAGGUUUCGAGAGGCUCAUUCAGUUCCUUCAGAGCACGCGGGAGUUGAAGGCCAAGGCUCUAGCCUUGGGCGAGGAGUUGAGUGCCAUGCGUAUGGAGCGGGUCUCCUAUGGGCAGAUGGCCAACGUCGCGAAGCACCGAGAGAAGCGCCUGACGGAGCUGCGCCGCUUCUUCCACGGCGAUCUCUCGCCGGAGGAUCGUGCGGAGGUCAUCAAGUUCCUUACCGUCAUCAACACGGAGAUCAUCGCUGCGAAGGCCAUGUUCCUGGCGUAUUCCGAUCCCUUUGAGAAGUACCGGGCAUUGCUUUUUGAGUAUGCCCACACCCUGGGCCACGGAGUGGAGGCUUUCAUGAACGGCCUCUACCGCAGAGCAACGGCUUGCGGCCUUGACUACUCGGAAGCUUUCCGACUGCACGGUCAGUGCGUCGGCAUGGCGGUCCUGUGGGCUGGUGAGAUGUCCAAGCAGCAGGGGCUUCUGGACGGGGAUGGCUUCCUCGCACACCAGGGGCUGCUCUACACCUUCAACCGCUUCGGCGGUUACGAUUUCGCUCCUCUGCGCCGCCUAUGCGAUCAGCUGGAGGUCUCCAAGGAGGAGUUCUGCGAAGGAGUCCUCCAGGUCGUGAGGCGAGACAACAAGCGCGGAUACUGCAAGUGCAGAGAAGACAGCAGCGUGGAUCAGCUGGUGCGACAACGCCCUGGCUGCCUGCUUCGGAGCUCGGACCCCGAUGCCGAGCUCAGAUACCUGGUGGAGGUCACCGAAGACUCUCAGCGCGAAGUCCUCGAAAGGGCCUUCGAUUGUGAGUUCGACAAGGUGGCCGUUCUUAAGGGCGACCAGCUUCACCUCGUGAAGAGAUCAGAGGGCAGCCUCCAAGUGGACCAGACGAAGACCGCCUCGGCUUUGCGGGGGCUCAUCGCCAGCCUCUACACGGAAGAGGACUAA